AUGUGCUGCGUCCUUCAGGGUGCCGAGAGAGUGUUCCCCUCCGUCGGGAGCGGGGGGAAACACGGAACGGGAACGGGAAGCGGCAAGGGCGCCGACGACACCCCCGUGGGUGCCCACGACCUACCCCUCGAAUCGCUCUGGGCGGCCGGCCUGGACGAGGGGAUGGGGUUUCCGCAGAGAUGCUCCUACGCGAAUCAACAUACCACUCUCGCCGCGUCCUCUUCUACGAGCCACACAUCCCCCGCGAACCCCGACGAGCUCUGGAGAGAGAGAAAUUUCCCUCAUAGCGACUAUAGAAAGGCUCGUUCGCGCAGAACGCCUACGACCUCCACGGGGAUCGGUUCCUCGAUCACGGAUGAGAUAUGGACGUCGGCGAACGAGCGGCGAUUCUGCCGCACCUCGACCACCUCGACUGGCAUCGGCUCGUCCCUGAACCUACACGAGAACAAUCGCUCAUUGGAGUCGCGCGACGGCGAUUUCUACUCCACGGAUAUCGAGGAUUCCAAGGACACCUAUCGAAGAUUCUACCCAACCACGCCGACCACUUCCGGCCUGGGCUCAUCUUCGGACCGGCAAUCCGUGGAGACGCAUUGUGGCUCCAGGGAUCUACCGGAUCACCUCUGGGCGGCCGCGAUGGAAGACGGUUUCUCGCGCUUCAACGCCAUGAAGUCGCUGCAGACGAUCACGCGGCAGCCUCGUCCGAACCACGACUGGGUGAAGACCGAGCGUAUCUCCAGGUUCACCAAGCACCGCACGAUCAGUCAGUCGCCGCAACGCGAGCAGGAGAUCUGGACGUCCAAGCUAAACGAGAGCGCUGUAGUUUCCGGCUACGCUACGCAGAGGAAUCUCGGCCCGCACAAGUGCCACCAUCAAGCACGCAGAAGCUUCUCCACGUCGAUCGUCGCGGAUCUCGCCGUUACACCGGAUGGAUCUCAGCAGAGCCUCGGCAGUGGCGAGUUCUUGGAGCUGGAGAGGAGUUACACCCUCUCGACCCCGGGGGGUAGCAGCCCCGUUUGUUGUCCGCCUUGCAGCCCACCGCCCGCGCCGGCCGCAUACAUAUCGAGCGCGCGCGCGUCCUCGCGUAGACUCGGCGCCGGAAGUGGCCUCGGCGGGACCACAUCCCCGGAGAGGGAUCCCCUGGGAAGACUGUUAAGAUUCCUGAAGACCUUCUACAGGGAGUUGGGUACCCGCGAUCCGCCCCAUCUACCGCCAUGGGCGUCCCCGCUGCCGCUCGGCACCCUCUGUCCGGCGCACUUUCAGCCGCACCUGCAGCUGGUGCACAAGAGCGAGCAGGAGCACCGUCUCGAGAACAUCAAGCCCGACCAGAUCUUCGCCCCAGUCAGGCUGAGCGACGGUACCGUGUCCGAGGCGCCGCGGCGCGUCGCCGUCGAGGGUGGUCCCGGAAGCGGCCGAACCACUCUCUGUCUGCGAUUACUGCACCAGUGGGCGAGUCAGAGCGACGGGCCCGCACUGGCGUUUAUCGUGCCGCUGCGCGAGCUUCGCGGUAGCCCAGUCCUAAAUUAUCUGGCGCGAGAAUUGUUCCCGAGAACGGCCGCGUUGGGCGACGCGGUCGCCCAGGUGUGGCGCACCUUGCACCUGAUGGAGGACCGCGUGCUCUUCGUCCUGGACGGUUACGACGAGUGCGUGGGCGGCCGGGCGUCGCUCGGCGACGCGGCCGACCUGCUGGAGGGACGACUGUUUCCGGACGCCAGGAUCCUGGUCACGUGCUCGCCCAGCAACUCGACCGCCCUCGCGCCCCUGGUCCAACGCAGGAUCCACUUGGCCGGCCUCGAGUGGCCGCAUGUCGAGCGGCUCUGCGUGGCCUAUUUCAUUCACAACGACAUCGCCGAGAAGGCAUGCGAGUUCCUGGAGGCGCUCAACGUGCAACCGCAAUCCGUCAGGCAGCUCGGCCAGCAUCCGCUCGGCUGGAUCAUGCUCUGCUGCUUAUACCAGGACUCCGGAAGCCUGCCGACCGAGACAAGUGCCCUUGUGCAAGCAGCGGUGAAGUGCAUCGUGAAGAGGAGCUUAGAUCCGCCGAUUCCCUAUAACGAGGAGAUCCCGGGCCAUUGUAGGAAGCGCCUCGAAGACUUCGGCAAGGUGUCCCUGGCUGCCCUGAGGGAAGGCAGAUGCUGUUACACCGAGGCCGAGCUGAGGGCGCGGGGUGGCGGCAUCGAGGUCACUCGACUCGGCUUCCUCACGAGGGGACUGACCUUCGGUCAGAGACGCAAGCCGGACCUCUACACGCCCAUCCACAUGGCGGUGGCGGAGUUCCUUGCGGCGUACUAUCUGACCUCGGUGGCGCAAUACGCUAACAUUCUGCGCCGCGAACUGGAGGGCCUGCCCUCGGGCAUCAUCGGCCAUUUGGCUGGCUUGCUGGGCUCCAAGACCCAUCUGAUUCUGAAUCAAUUGUGCCCGCUGGAAGUGCCGCCCAGGGCCGUGUUCUCGUUGCUGAAGGCAGCCGGCGCGUCCGACGGCAACAUCUCGGCGGUCUGCCGGCUGGUCGGCGCGGGCCCCGGAUUCGGGCCCGCGCCCAACGAACGGCCCCCGGCCCCGUUAGUGCACACGUCCCCACUGGAGCUGGAGGGAUGGGCCAGGAUCCUCGAGAGUCCCGCUUGUACCCUCGAGGCGCUCGAGGUGGUGUUCCAGGUGGAGCGUGGAUCCGAUCCGAGGUAUCUGGACGAUUUCUUCGACGCGCUCGCCGGCAACGAGAGCGUCAAACUCGUCAGGAUCACGUCCCUGCUGGGGCAGGAGUUCCCGGCGGACGAGGCGCAGCGAUUGGCCGGACACCUGAAGAGUGUGCUCAGCAAGAAGAAGCUCAACGACUUCGAGCUUGUCAUCACUUGUCUCGAGGAAGCGGCCCAUGAUAGACUGGAGUGCGUGGUGAACGCUCUUUGUCGCGGCCUGAGUCACGCCUCCGGCAGCCUGUCGCGUCUGGUGCUCGACAUGAAUCUGUCCGGCGAGCAAGUGUCCCGGGUCUGCGAGGCACUUCGCGAUUGCAUUCAAGUGCAGGCGUUGCACUUGCCCCAUUUAGGAUGCGGGUGCGAGGGCCUGGCAUCGGUCGCCGAGCUGCUGAAGGAACGGCCGCUGCUGGCACUCAACCUGGCCGGCAGCUGGGGCGCCAAGAACGAGGAUCCGUCCAGCUCUGGCAUCAGUAUGGGUUCAGGUUCAGGCUCCGGCUCCGGCUCCGGCUCCGGCAGCAGCGGCUGCGCAUCCAGCACCCUCGGCACGCUACCGCUGAAUCGCUGCUACUCGUCCUUACCCAGGGGCGCGCUAACGGCUUACGGCAGCCUGACACGACCCGCUACUCUACCGCGGCUACCCCUGGGCCUAGGCUUGGGUCCGGCGCCCAAUACCGGCAACGGGCCUCUGCCUCAAAACGAUCGGGAUCGAGACAGCAACGGAAGCAGCAAGAGAAACAGCGACAGCGUGCUCUGCCAUCGGCUGCCCUUGCUGCAUCCUCUGCCCACGUGCGACGUCGCCAGUCAUCAGGGCACCGGUUUCCACGAGAUAUUCAACGCUAUCAGAGAGCCGAACUGCAAACUGAGGUCUCUAAACGUGUCCAAAUGUCUUCUUGGCGGCUUGGACGCCGGUUGCCUAGGCGAGACCGUAAGGAAGGCCCGCAAUUUAGAUGCGUUGAGGGCCGCUGGAGCGUCGAGGCCGGCCGAUGUGAUGCCCUUAGUGCUGGCCCUGACAGAGGCACCCUGUCUCCAGCUGCUAGAUCUGUCUAGUCCCCGGCUGGCUUUGGACGAUCAUCCUUCGAGGCUGCUGUGCCACGCUCUGGCCAGGAACUCGACUCUUAAGCUGCUCAGUCUAGAGGGAUGGACUUUCCGGAUAGAGGAAUCGGACAGUCUGGCAGUGUUCUCCGAGCUGCUGAGAUACACAAGCGUGCGCGAGUUGAGUUUAUGCAACGCGCGCUUGCAUUUAGCGGUGCACGAGGGUCCUUUGUCGAGAUUGGGACGUCGCGAUGACGCCGGCGCCGAGCUCCUGCGAGCCGCACCGCCACCGGCCUGUCCUGCGAUCGUCUUCCUGAGGCUAGCCGGAUUUCAGGUGACAGUGAACGAUCGCCUGGCGCUGCGCGGACCAUUGCUGCUGCCGUUCCUCGCGGGUUUCACGUCGCUGAGCGAGCUCGACCUGUCGCUGGACAAAUCGACGAUCGGCGGCAGCAGCGGCUCGCUGCUCUUCAUCGACGACAAGAUCCUGCAGCAGUUCUUCUGCUGCCUGGCGGCACACUUCCGCAGUCUGCAGUCGCUCCGAAUCAACUUCUGGCGGAUCACGUUGGAGGACAGCGAUCGUACGAUGCGACAGAUCGCCAAGCACCUCAAGCUGUGCGGCCUGAGCUUCCUCAGAGCGAACGGCCUGAUCGUCACCGACAGCGCCAAGCGCGUGCAAAUGGAACACGUGUUCGUGCAGACGAUCCUCACGCACUUGCAGUGCCUGACCUGGCUGUGCCUGGACGGCGUCGAGUUGACCGAGGCGCAGGCCACCAGCGUGGGUAAGUGCGUGCGGGACCGUUACCCCGGCACCACCCUGGAGAUCAGCGCCAAGGACGUGCACGUGCGAUCGGUGAAGGCUCUGGUGGCCGCGGUCGAGGAGGGCGGCAGGACGGAGGUGGUUUAUACCGGCGGCUCCAGCUGCCGCCUGAAGAUCACGAAGCUCCAGAAGGGCGGCCGGGGCAAGAAGAAAUGAAGGGAUCGCCGGCGAUAAUUUGGAGGAAGUUAUCCUGGCACACAGUGUUUACCGCGAGGUAAAGGGGAACGAGAAGAGUCGAUCGGACGAGAUCGAUUGGUCUCCUCGUGGACGUGACUGUGGAACUGGGAGAGUCCCGGGAGAUCGAAAGGAUUAAGUCAACAGAUCGUGUUGCAGAAGGGAGAAGCGAGAGAAAGAGAGAGACGAGCAGAGAAGCCUGGAGAAUCGGAAAGGGGAUUAGAUAAGACGAAGAUAUAAAUGUAGAUUUUCCAGGAGCGACGGAUAUCGAAGGAAGAGUGCAUCGACUUCGGCCGCGUGAGGCGCGUGUAGAACGAGGAAGAAGAUGAAGAUGUAUGAAAAAAAAAAGAGGAAAUGCGGGUUAACUUUGCGAAUUUUCGUCUUACUGUGAUUUCGUUUCCUGCGCGUCAGGCGCGCUCACCUACGAUCUAGACUCUAUAGAUUAUAGCGAUUUGUUAGAUCUCGAGGACGAUUCGAAGGUAAUGAGAGAUGCACUACGCUUUUUCGCUCAUCCAACGCGUUCGGUGGAACUGACGGGACGCUAAAAGGAGCGCAAACACGCAAUCAAUAGUGGUCUAGGACGUCACUUUCGCUGCUUCAGCAAGAUUUUUGACGGCAUCAUUUUUCGUCGGAAUCGCGUCGCACGAAUAAAAAUGAUACCAAAGCAAAAACGUCUGUUAGAAAAUAUGAAAUGCUGUCUCUCACUUCGAAGCGUUCGUUUUCAAAGUAUUUGCUUGCGAGUUUGCAGGACGGAUGUUAAUAUUCUUUAAGCAUGGACAUAUUUAUGCAUAUAGAAUUUGUCUUAUUUUUCAUAUCUUUUUCCACGUAUAUUUUCUACAACUUGUAUAAAAUGUCUUCACUUUCAUAGGCAUAAGGUGAGUUCUCUUUGUUCAUAUAUCUCGAGAUAUUUGUUUUUCAGCAAGGAGCAAGAUCUGCUUCAAUUUAUCUCUUUAUACAAUUAUAAUUAUAGCCAAUUAAUUUUUACGUAUAAAUCUUAUUAUUAUUAGAGGAAGUCGAUUCCGUUGGAUAAACGAAGGUGGAAAUAUUCAAUGCCGCGUGGACUAAUUAUCUCCCUGGCAUUUUUAUGUUGGCGAAGAAGUGCGAAAAUAAGAGGGAAAUGCGGGAAUACUUGUCGCGCGAGGGGAAAAGAUGUUCAAGCGGAGGGAAAAAAAAGAGGCUGUUGCGAUUAUACAUAAGUAUCGUUCGUUAUUGUUAGAUCGAGAUGUAAGAUACGAUUCAGAGUAAUAUAUUAUUAGCGGUAUAGAUCACAUCACGAUCGUCACGAUUAUUAUUAAAUGUUACAAUCGACCGUCACUCGCGAUCGGCGAGAUGUCGGGCCGAGAUGCCGGUGGCUUUACCGAGAGGGUGGCGCGUUGUUGGGGAUUUGGAGAAAUUUUAUAGAGUAAAUUUUAAACGGUAGGCACAUGAGAAACAAACACAUAUAUAUACACACAUGCAUGCGUACGUGCGUUUUCGCGGCGGCGUGAAAGGAAAAGAAAGUCUCGAAUACUCGUAAUUCUUACGAUAGAAGAUACAUAUAAGCAGGCAUUCGACGCAGGCUAUUGUUGUAUAAAGUAAUUAAUUAUUGUAAUUAAGACGACUGCCAAAUCGUAAAACUUGAGAAUCCGCGCUCUUCGCGCACCGCAAUUAGCGCUAAACUCGACAUUUCGAGGUUUUUGCCUAAUAAGAGAAGAAAAAAAUCGCCUCGAACGUCAUCGUGGACCGACAGUCGCCCGAUCACGUUUAACGCUAAAUGCGGGCUGCGAGAGUCCUAGUAUCGUUUUUCGAUGUCGCGCAAGGGUUUUAGGAAGGAUCGUUCCUACGAUCGCGCGCCGAAAAAAUUCCAAUAGACCGCAUUUUAAACGAGCCGAAAACGAUUUUUCGUAGAUGUGAUCUCGAUCGAUCGAUUGUGAUCAUUGUCAGUGCUCCAAUGAUAACUGCCAUUCAACUGGAACCACAAAUGAAAAUAAAAGGAAACGAUUUGCGAAACGCGGGGAAAUUUUCGCUGAUCUUUAAGUUUCGUCUUGUACAUAGCGCCGGUCAAAAGUCUGCCCAUCACUUAUUAACAUAUAAAAAAAUUAAAACCGUGAGAUAAAAUAUAUUCAAAUAUCUACAUAAUAAUAUAAACGGACAAAUAUUUUUGGAUCUUCAUUUUAUUAUAAAAUCUAAUUAUACGAUGUUAUAGAAACGUUAGCUUUGCUUUUUGAAUUUAAUUAACGAGUUAAACAAAUUUAUGUCAAAGGUAUUUUUAAAAAGGAAUUUGUUGC